AUGCUGCAACUCUACAAGAAUCAGGUUGUCACUGCCGUGGCUAAGCGGCAAGUGGAAAUCCGGAAGCUGGAACUCGACUGGUAUACGAACAACUAUUGGACUUUGUCUCAGCAAGGCGCACUGUUAGCAGGUUUUUCGUUUUCGUUGAUUACAGCGUCUCUGCCGAAAGACGCGUCGUUUUUCCUCGAGUCUCUUUACCUUCUCCUCGCCGCUCUGGCGCUCGGCCUCCAGAUGUGCGUCGUCGUCACCACAACGCUCUGCUGCAUGUGGGGUCCAGGAUUGGCGCUUCGAGGUCCCGACGGGAUCCGAAGUGUACAUACAGCUGUCGACAGCUUGAAGUCGGAGCAUUCGUACGUGUUUGCGUUCUUCUUCCUCGGUCUGCUUUCCUUCUACCUCUCGAACCUCCCACUGGUCUUUCUGCUUUUCGAGGACUGGAUCGCCAUCUCAGCCUCGGCGCUCCUCGCCCUUUUUCUCUUCCUCAUCUUCUACUACACGAUCCGUUUGACCUCCCAGCUGCGGGUCUCCGAGGCCGACGCAGUGGAAGGAAAAAUCGCCGCGCUCCGCGCCUACGAGGACAUCGCCGACCUCGACGAAGCCGUCGCGCCAGGCUUCUGCUCGCCUGCAGAAGGAGACAGCCGGACCGAGGAACUGCUCGGAGUGCGAGACCGCGCACAGUUCUCCCCUCUCGCUCGCGCCCACCUUCCACGCGCCGCGAUCCCACCGACCCAGGAGGACUUGGAGAGCGCAGGGGCUGCUUACGGCGUACGACAGGCGGCGACGACAGAGAUGCGAGCCCCAGAAAGUAUGCAAGCGACACCUCAAGGCUUCCUCGCUGCUCUCGACGAGCUCUUCGAGUUCUGA